AUGUCAACCAAAGAAGAGGAAUUGAAUACAAAUAUACCUUCGACCACCACCUCCUCUAUCAUAUCUUCAAAGCAUUCGUCUUUCAUGGCUUCAAAUAUCGCUUUUCAGCGAACACUCUCGUGGUCAACUGCUUCGUCGUCUGGCGAGGAACAUCAUAUACCUUACGAAGAAGAGUUGGUGCCACCGGACAACUUUACUAUGAUUUCAACCUGGGUUUACAGAAGCAGUUUUCCGAAAAAAAAGAACUUUGCCUUCUUGAAGAAGCUCGGUUUAAGAAGCAUUUUGUACGAGUCACCUUUACAAUUAACAUGUUUGCGUUUAAAUUUCUCGCCUUGA